AUGACCUUCACCUUUACAGCCCUGCUCUGUGUGGGACUGACUCUGGGCCUCGGGACCUUAGUGCUGACAGGGACCCUUCCUAAGCCUGUCCUCAGGGCACAGCCACACUCUGUGGUCUCCAAGCAGAAUAAGGUGACCUUCCUGUGUGAGGGAGCCAUAGGAGCCAAAGAGUAUAGAUUGCACAAAGAGGACUACCUAAAUCCAUGGCAGAGAGAGAUUUCACAGAACCCUAAGAACAAGAAUGAAUUAUCAGUCUCAAAAUUAGAUCGCCACCACGCAGGGCGAUAUCGCUGUCAAUAUGAGACCCUUAAUGGAUGGUCAGAGUACAGUGACCCCCUGGAGCUGGUGGUGACAGGAUUCUACAGUAAACCCAGGCUGUCAGCCCAGCCCAGCCCUGAGGUGACUGAAGGAGGGAAUGUCACCCUCCAGUGUGAUUCACAGCAGGCACAUCACUGCUUCAUUCUGACUAAGGAAGGACCACAGCAGCUGUCCCGGACACUGAACUCACGGUGUAACAUCUAUACUGGGCAGCUCCAGGCCCUGUUCUCUGUGGGCCCUGUGACCUCCAGUCAAAGGUGGAUAUUCAGAUGCUACAGCUUUGACCAGAACAGCCCUCAGGUGUGGUCAGAACCUAGUGACCCUUUGGAGCUCCUGGUCUCAGGGACCCUCCACAAACCCACCAUCAAGGCUGAGCCAGGAUCUGUGAUCACCUCAGGAAGUCCCAUGAACAUCUGGUGUCAGGGCACCCUGGAGGCAGAAAUCUAUGUUCUGCAUAAACAGGGAAGCCAAAAACCCUGGGGUACACAGACCCCAGAGAAGCCGGAGAACAAGGCCAAGUUCUCUAUCCCUUCUGUAACACACCAACAUGGGGGACAAUAUCGCUGUUACUACUACAGUUCGGCUGGCUGGUCAGAGCACAGUGACACCCUGGAACUGGCGGUGACAGGAAUCUACAACAUUAAACCCCGCCUGACAGGCCUGCCCAGCCCUGUGGUGGUGUCAGGAGGGAACAUGACUCUCCAGUGUGUCUCAAAUGGAAAACAUGACAAGUUCAUUCUCACCAAGGAAGAUCAGAAGUUCGUCGACUCCAUGGACUCACAAUAUAUACACAGUAAAAUGCAGUACCAAGCCUUGUUCUCUAUAGAUCAUGUAACAGCAGAUCACAAAGGGACAUUCAGAUGUUAUGGUUACUACAAGCAGACCCCACAGCUGUGGUCAGUACCCAGUGACCCCCUGGAAAUACACAUCUCUGGGCUGUCUAAGAAGCCCUCCCUGCUAUCUCACCAAGGCCAUAUCCUGGAUCCUGGAAAGAGCCUCACCCUGCAGUGUUGCUCUGACAUCAAAUAUGACAGAUUUGUCCUGUACAAACUGGGGGGAGCUGACUUCAUCCAGCAAGACAGCCAGUUGACACAGUCUGGCCUCUCCACGGCCAACUUCACACUGGGCUCUGUGAGCAGCUCUACUGGAGGCCGGUACAGAUGCUAUGGUGCUCACAACCUCUCCUCUGCGUGGUCAGCCUCCAGUGACCCCCUGGACAUCCUGAUCUCAGGACAGUUUCAGGUCAUGCCUUCCCUCUCAGUGAAGCCUAACUCCACGGUUCACUCUGGAGACAAUGUGAUUUUGUUGUGUAAGACAUCAUACACAGUGGACACUUUCAUUCUGUUUAAAGAGGGAGCAGCGCACCAACCCAAGAGACUAAAACCAAAGUUCCAUUUUGGGGAGUUCCAGGCAGAAUUCACCAUGAGUGCUGUGACCUCUGACCUCUCGGGCACCUACAGGUGCUAUGUUUCUGCAGGCUCAUCUCUCUACCUGUUGUCAUACGCCAGUGCCCCUGUGGAGCUCACUGUCUCAGCCACAGCUUCAGAGAAACAAGAUCACACAGUAGAGAAUCUCAUCAGGAUGGGGUUUGCUGUCAUGAUCCUCAUAGUCCUUGGGAUUCUGGUUUUUGAGGCCUGGAGCAGCCAGAGACAAAGCCAACAUGCUGUUCAGAGGGAACAAAUGGUUGUCAAGACUUCAACCAUUACCAAUACUUCCUAACACUUCAGACACUUCUGCAUGAAGCUGUGGGAGGAAGAAUGAGGAAUACUAUUAUGAACCAGAAGAGAAAGAGCUGGAUGGAUCCAGCAGAAAUACCCAAUAUCUGUGAAAUUAUAGACCUCCUCCUAUACAUAAGUCAGCAAACUACAUGCUUGGA